AUGCCGCACCUUGAGUUCACCCCUGGCACCGAGUUCACUCCUGGCACCGCGUCCACCCCAGCCAUGCCUACCGUCGUCGCUAAAUCUUCCUCGGUCGUUCCUCCUACUACUGAGGAGGUUUCUUCCCUUCUUCACACCAUCUUCAACGCCGAGACUUCCCAGCAGUCCCUCGAUGCCUCGUAUGCCUUGGCCAACCUCCUGAUCCAGAGCGUCGGUCCGUUUUCGUUUUACACCUACAACUUUAUCCUCCCCGAGAUCAAAAAGGCUGCCGUCGACAAGAAGAAUGGCGCCAAACGCGAGAGCGCCAUGCUGAUCCUCGGCGCGCUGCUCGAGCGUUUCCCUCCGGCUCACCCUCUCAGUGAAGUUGUCUUCCUCCUCCAAGAUGGUGGUGUCUUCAACCUAGCCCUCGAUGCGCUGGCCGACAAGGGCGCUGUCGUGCGAGACGCCGCCCAAUACGCGAUUGAUGCUUUGUACGCCUCGCUCAAGGCCGAAGCCAAGGUCAAUGCGCUACUCCCUGCCAUCUCCAGCUAUCUGAGCCGCGGGUCCGGCAAGUGGCAGGGCUUCGUUGGUGCCUACACUCUUAUUGAGAAGAUGGCCCUCGACGCCCAGAUGGGCUCCGGGACCAAGGAACAGGAGCUCGAGAAGGACGUUCUCCGUGAGGCGAUGGGCAAGACCUUGAAGGACCUCAUCCCCUUGCUCGAGUCCGGCAUGCACGACUUGAAGAACGAAGUUGUCAAGGUGGCCUGCAAGGCCAUGAACGCUGUCACCACUCUCCUGUCUAACGAUGAUGUGGAGCCCCGCAUUCCUCUGCUGAUCAAGACCAUGGAGCAGCCCUCCGAGCAGACCCUGCAGAAGGCCAUCCACGCCCUGUCGCAGACCACCUUUGUCGCCAUCGUUACUUCUCCCGUGUUGGCUCUGCUUACUCCUCUGCUCGAGCGCUCGCUUAACGCUCCCACCACUCCUCAGGAGACCCUGCGUCAAACUGUCGUUGUCGUGGAGAACUUGACCAAGCUUGUUCACGAUCCUGCCGAAGCCCGUACUUUCUUGCCCAAGCUCAAGCCCGGUGUUCAGGCCGUCAAGGACCGCGCUUCCCUUCCCGAAGUUCGAGAGCUCGCCACUCGUGCUAUGGAUGUCAUGGAAAAGGCCAUGUCCGACAAGGACAUCGCCGCUGGAUCUAUUGCCAAGGUUACCCCGGACGAGGUUCUCGCCGUCCUGGACGCCAAGAUCCAGGAGAACGGUGGCCUGGCCCGCUCUGAUGCCGUCACCCUGUUCAAGCUCGGCAAGACCUACGUUGCUGAGAUGGUGCGCGAGGACGUCAACUGUCGCAUGCACGACCGAAUUCCCACCUGUAUUGCUCCAUAUCUUCGCGGCCUGCUCGCUGAUGACAAGCACGAUGACGUCGCCGCCGCCGUUCAGGCUCACUUCGUCGCAGAGGAUGAGCGCAAGUACGGCAAGCCGAUCCCGGAUGAUCCUAACGAGGUGGAGAUUGUCAACGCCAACUUCUCGCUCGCUUACGGUGGUAUGCUUCUCCUAUCGCACACCAACCUCCGCCUUCUGAAGGGACACCGCUAUGGUCUUUGCGGACGUAACGGAGCUGGAAAGUCUACCCUCAUGCGCAGCAUUGCCAACGACAAGCUUGAGGGCUUCCCUCCCCAGGACCAGGUCCGGACCUGCUUUGUCGAGCACAACCAGGGAGAAGAUGCCGAUCUGACCAUCUUCGAGUAUGUCAAGAAGGACCCUAAGAUCGCCGCCGAGGGUGAUGAGCAUAUCCGCAACGUUCUCCUCGAGUUCGGCUUCACCGAUGGCCCUGAGGGCCGCCAGUCGCAGGGCGUGGGUUCUCUGUCUGGUGGUUGGAAGAUGAAGCUGGCCUUGGCCCGUGCCAUGCUUCUGAAGGCCGACGUGCUCCUGCUUGACGAACCUACUAACCACCUGGAUGUUGCCAACGUCAAGUGGCUGCAAGAGUACCUCAAGAGUCACACCGAUAUCACCAGUUUGAUCGUCUCCCACGACUCUGGUUUCCUGGACGAAGUGUGCACAGACAUCUACCACUACGAGCAGAAGAAGCUGGUUUGCUACAAGGGUAACCUGGCUGACUUUGUUAAGGUCAAGCCUGAAGGAAAGAGCUACUACACCCUUUCGGCUUCCAAUGUUCAGUUCAAGUUCCCGCCCCCUGGUAUUCUUUCCGGUAUCAAGUCCAACACCCGCUCGAUUCUGCGUAUGACCGACUGCUCGUUCACCUAUCCCGGCGCCAGCAAGCCUUCUCUGACCGGCGCAUCUUUGUCGCUCACCCUGUCGUCCCGCGUCGCCAUCAUCGGUGGCAACGGUGCGGGUAAGUCGACAUUCAUCAAGAUGUUGACUGGUGAGACCAUUCCCCAGACCGGAAAGGUGGAGAAGCACCCCAACUUGCGUAUUGGUUACAUCAAGCAGCACGCGCUGGAGCACGUUGAGAUGCACUUGGAGAAGACCCCUAGCCAGUACCUGCAGUGGCGUUACGCCAACGGAGACGACCGCGAGGUCUUCCUCAAGCAGACCCGUAUCCUCACCGAGGAGGACAAGGCGCAGCUCCAGAAGCCAAUCGAUCUCGGUGACGGCCGCGGUCCCCGCCGCAUCGAAGCCCUUAUCGGUCGACAGAAGUGGAAGAAGUCCUUCCAAUACGAAGUGAAAUGGGUUGGCCUCCUUCCCAAGCACAACACCAUGAUCUCUCGCGAGACUCUUCUCGAACAAGGUUUCUUCAAGAUGGUGCAGGAGUUCGACGACCACGAGGCCUCGCGUGAAGGUCUCGGUUUCCGUGUCCUCGAGCCCAAGACUAUCGCCAAGCAUUUCGAAGACGUCGGUCUGGACCCCGAAAUCGCCAACCACAACGAAAUCUCCGGUCUCUCCGGUGGUCAGAAGGUCAAGGUCGUCCUCGCCGGAGCCAUGUGGAACAACCCCCACUUGCUCGUGCUCGACGAGCCUACUAACUUCUUGGAUCGUGACUCGCUCGGUGGUCUCGCCGUCGCCAUCCGCGACUUCAAGGGCGGUGUCGUUAUGAUUUCUCACAACGAAGAGUUCGUCGGCGCUCUGUGCCCCGAGCAACUGCACAUUGCCGACGGCAAGAUUGUUGCCCGCACCAACACCGCCAUCGCCUUGGACCGCUUCGAAGACAGCGCCUCCUCCACUCCUCAGCCCGGCAGCACAGCCGCCAGCUCCGUUGCCAACAGCGCCGCCGCGUCAGCCGUCAACUCCGGCGCCGAGGACCAGGGCGAGCUCAAGUUCAAGGCCAGGAAGAAGAAGAAGAUGACCCGUGCCCAGCUGAAGGAGCGUGAGGCUCGCCGCCGUCUCCGUCACAUCGAAUGGCUUAACAGCCCUAAGGGAACUCCCAAGCCUGUCGAUACCGAUGACGAGGCUGAAUAA